AUAAGUAAGAUAUUGCAUAGAAAGUCUCAAUAAGUGUUGAACUUUAAGAGUGAUUACAAUUGUAGAAUAGCACAGAGAUGUUUAAAGGAUUCCUAGUUCUCUUCCUUUGUGGCUUACACUUUGCAAAUGCGGGCGUUACAAUUGAACAAAUGGAGAAAGCUGGCGACUUGGUGAGGACAAUUUGUCAGCCCAAAUUCAAAAUGUCCGAUGAAAAAGCACAAAACUUCCGAAAAGGAAUUCUCUCGGACGACAAAGACUCCAAAUGCUACGUCAAUUGCAUCUUCGAGAACAUGCAGGCGAUCAAACGAGGAAAGUUUCAGUACGAGACGUCGAAGAAGCAGGCAGAACUCAUGCUUCCGGACGAAAUGAAAGCUUCGACGGUCGCCGCAAUGACAGCGUGUAAAAGUUCCACUGACGGGAUUAAGGAUAACUGUGAAGCUGCAUUUACUUUGCUGCUGUGCUUGAAGAAAAACAGUGAAUUCUUCUUCUUCCCCUGAAAUGCGUUGAAGAUUUUGUUUAGUAUGAAAAUAGACUUUCUUUGUGUCAUUGUAAAUUAUUUAGAACUAAUAAAUAGAAGAAUUUAAAA